CUCAAUUGGGAGGCAAAGUGCCGUCAGUCAGUCGUCAGUCAGUCACUUGUGUUUCGUUGACAUUGACACAUGGCAGAGGCAGUGCCGCUACGAAGCGAAGAUGAUGCAGCUGACACUCACACUGGCCUUGGCCUUGCUAGCGGUUCUUUAUCCGCUAGGCGGGCAGGCAUUGGAAUGGAAGCUGAAUGCCUAUGACGGUCCUGAUUUGGGACGCCAGCUGGCUGUCCACUUGGCGCCCAGUACUCCAACAAAGGUUCAGGAGGCGGCCGCCAGGGGAGUAAUCAGCAGGGUGAUCGGAUUACGAUCCUAUUCGCAACUUUUUCAGGUGGCAGUCAGUAAGGAAAUGGCGCCAAGAACAUUUAAGAUCAGCCUACUAGACAAUGGAAGGAUUCUGCUAGCUGGCUGGGAUGGUGUCUGCGUUUGCAAGGCCUUUCAUUACUACCUAAAAUAUGUUCUUAACAAAGACGUGGACUGGUUCAAGAUGCGCAUCGAGCUGCCCACCAACCUGCAGAUGCCCAAUGUGACCAUUGAAUCCACCUCUGGGAGUCCGAUAAUGUAUCAUCAGAACGUGUGCACCUGGAGCUACAGCUUUGCGUGGUGGGGAUUUGAUCAGUGGCGCCGUCACAUUGACUGGAUGGCCCUGAUGGGCAUCAGUCUGACCAUUGCUCCCGUCCAGGAAGCUAUCUGGACAGAAGUGUACACGGAAAUGGGACUCACUCAGGAGGAAAUCGAUGGCCAUUUGGCGGGGCCUGCCUUUCAGGCCUGGCAGCGCAUGGGCAACAUUCGCGGAUGGGCCGGACCCUUGAAACCCAAAUGGAUGCAUUUUCAGCUCCUGCUGCAGCAGGAGAUUCUGGCGGCACAACGCAACCUGGGCAUGAGUGUGGCACUGCCCGCCUUUGCGGGGCAUGUGCCGCGCGCCCUGAGCCGUCUGCAUCCGAACUCCACGUUCGCGGAGGUGCAGCGUUGGAACUCGUUCCCCGAUCGCUACUGCUGCGGCCUGUUCGUUGAGCCCACGGAGCCCCUUUUCCAGCAGAUAGCCAGGAGCUUUCUGAGUCGCGUGGUGGCGACCUAUGGAACUAAUCACAUCUUCUUUUGCGACCCCUUCAAUGAGCUGGAGCCACCGGUUGCUAAGCCAGAAUACAUGCGAUCGACGGCGGCGGCGAUCCACGAAUCCAUGAGGGAAGUCGAUCCGCAGGCCAUUUGGCUGCUGCAGGGCUGGAUGUUUGUGAAGAAUCCCUUCUGGACAACAGACAUGGCGGAGGCCUUUCUCACGGCGGUUCCUCUUGGCAGGAUCCUAGUGCUCGAUCUCCAGAGCGAACAGUUCCCACAGUACGAGCUGACGCGGUCUUACUUCGGGCAGCCCUUCGUCUGGUGCAUGCUACACAACUUUGGCGGCACUCUGGGGAUGUUCGGAUCUGCCAAGCUAAUCAAUUCGGGGAUCGAGGUGGCUCGUCGGAUGCCCAACAGCAGCUGGGUGGGUACUGGCAUCACACCCGAGGGCAUUAACCAGAAUUAUGUGAUGUACUCCUUGACCUUGGAGCGCGGCUGGAGCUCCUCAUCCUUGGACUUGGACAGCUGGUUCAGGAACUUCGCACUCACUCGCUACGGCGUCCAAGAUGAAAGACUGGAGCAGGCUUGGCUGCUGUUAAAGAACAGUGUCUACUCCUUUCGCGGCCUGCAGAAGAUGCGGGGGCAGUAUGUGGUGACCCGUAGGCCUUCCUUUAACCAGGAUCCCUUCACCUGGUACAACUCGAGCGAUGUUUUGGAGGCCUGGCACUUGCUGCUCUCCGCCAGGGCCAUAAUACCGCUAGAGGACGACAGAUACGAGGUGUAUGAGCACGAUCUGGUGGAUAUAUCCAGGCAGUACCUGCAAAUCAGCGCAGAUCAGUUGUACGUCAACCUGAAGUCAGCAUACAGGAAGCGGCAGGUAACACGCUUUGAGUAUCUUAGCGCCAAGCUGUUGCAACUCCUUGAUGAUAUGGAGCUGAUCUUGGCCAGCGGCAGGAACUUCUUACUCGGCAGCUGGCUGGAGCAGGCUAAACGGGUGGCUCCCGCCCCUGAAGAACUGAGCAACUUUGAAUUCAAUGCCAGGAAUCAGAUAACCGCAUGGGGUCCCGAUGGCCAGAUCUUGGACUAUGCAUGCAAGCAGUGGUCGGGCUUGGUGAGGGAUUACUACAGGCCUCGGUGGAGGCUCUUCUUGGAGGACGUGACUGUGGCUCUCCACUCGCAGAGACCCUUUAAUGGCACCGCCUUUAAGGAAAAGGUUUCACACAAAAUUGAACUGCCCUUCAGCAACAGCAGAGAUAUUUAUCCUGUGGAUCCAGUUGGCCAGACUUGGUUCAUUUCACAAAACCUAUUUCAGACCUGGAAGGCUCUUACCAAGGACUCGCAAUUUCUGCACAACAAUCGACUGUUGGUGCCGCAAAAAUUGCCCGCUCAUUGAUUAGUUUUAUCCUUAAAGGUAUUCAUUUAUGUCGAAAUAAUACCUUUAUUGACUAAUUUCAAAUUUGUAAGCUUGCAAGACAAGAUGGACUUUAAUUAUAUAAAAUAAAUAGAUUACUAGAUUA